CUCCAAAAUUUAAAUUACAGUUACACCCUCACUCCCCUCUCUCGGUACUCCAUAGCCGCUACUUCAGCUUUCAAGUUUCAACUGCAAAAUUCAAUCUUCUUCAGCUAAAUCCGUUUCCAAUGCUUCAAAUAAAAUUUGGGCAUUCCUCACAUUCACCGAAAUGAUUCUUCACCUCAAUCAAAAUCGCUCCUUUCUCUUCGUAAAACCUAAGCUACCACCACCACCAUUGCAACCACAAACCCGGUUACGUUUUUCCCUCAAAGCUCGAACCUUUCGAGUUUUUAAGUCCACCCAUAUCGCUACUUUGAAUAACUUCUCUCCUGUUGAGUCUAAACGCGUGCCUCGUCAUGUGAAAAUUGAAGCUCAGCGUGUUCUUACGGAUUACUUGCAUUCAACACGUGGCUACAGCUUCUUGGAUGCUGAGUAUAUCAGUAAGAAUUGCCCCAACUUUGUUAAAUCUUUGAUUGCAAAUACUUUUGUUGGUGGAAAUGAUGUCGAUGUUGAUGUUGAUGGUGUUGCUCAUUCAUUGAGGAAGUUUCUAAGGUACAAUCCCAUUAACGAGUUUGAACCAUUCUUUGAGAGCAUAGGGAUUAGCCCCUCUGAGUUGCAAGAUUUUCUACCUAGUGGCAUGUUUUUCUUAGCUGAUGAUUCUGCUUUGGUUGAUAAUUUCCAUGUUCUGUGUAACUAUGGUGUCCCUAGGAACAGGAUUGGAGAGAUUUAUAAGGAAGCAAAAGAGGUAUUUGGGUACCCUAAGGGGUUCUUGUUGGAGAAAUUUAGAGAGUAUGAAGAAUUAGGGUUGAGUAAAUCAUUUAUCAUCAAGCUUGGUGUUUGUUGCCCUUCAAUUUUGGUUUGUGAUCAUCAUGGUGAAUUUGUGGUUGUUCUUGAUUGGUUAAAGAGAAUUGGGAUUGAAGAUGAUUGGAUUGUGAGUUACAUGUCUUAUUCAAGGACAUAUAGUUGGAAGAAAAUGCUUGAUGCUAUUCAACUUCUUGAUGAAGUUGGUUAUUCUGAGGAACAAAUGCACAAUUUGUUCAAGGCAAAUCCUAAAUUGUUAUUGGAAGGUUUUGGGAAGAAGCUACGCUUGUUUUUGGUUAGAUCACAUAAGUUAGGUGUUAAGGUGAAUGUUAUGUAUUCAUAUUUUAUGGAAUAUCCUCAUAUACUAUUAAACAAGUGUGCAAAAAAUUUGUUGAGAGUGAUUGAUAUUCUGUGUGCUAUUGGAAUGGAAACAGAUGAAAUUGCACGAAUUUUGUCUAAUUACAUGCAUCUAUUCAGCACACAUUCCUUCAAAGGUCCGAGAACUGUUAUCUCGGAGUUGAAAGUUGAGAAAGCCGAAUUACUCCAAGUCAUAAAGGACGAUCCACUGAAACUUAUAAGUAUGGCUUCAAGUUCGAAAAAGAAGAGCAUGGCGAAUGCAUUAAAAGUGUUCCGAGGGAGAGGUGAUCUAUUACAGGAGAGGUUUGAUUGUUUGGUAGAAGCAGGUUUGGACUAUAACAGUGUGAUUGGAAUGAUAAAAAGAGCUCCUACGAUUCUGAACCAAAAGAAAGAUGUAAUUAAAGAGAAGAUUCAUUUUGCCACAAACAUCUUAGGCUAUCCCUUAGAAAGCAUUGUGGCAUUCCCAACAUACUUUUGCUAUGAUUUGGAGAAGAUUGCUCAGAGGUUUUCAAUGUAUGCAUGGUUGAAGGAGAGGAAGGUAGUGAAUCCUUCCUUAACCUUGAGUACCAUAGUUUCAUCCAAUGAUAAACGGUUUGAAAAAUAUUUUGUAGAUGUGCAUCCUCAAGGUCCAACCAUUUGGAAAAAUAUAAAGAGGUUAUCAAAGAAAAACAAGAACAAGUAGUAACAGCUCCUUAUUUUGUAUUAUUUUCCUUAACAUGUUAAUUUUUACUAAUA